UGCUUAGAUUCCCUUUAUCUCUCCAUCACUGCUGCAUUCAUAAUCACCACCUUCAACCAAGCUCCACCCACCAACACGAGCUCCAGGUGGAGUUAAAAGCGGGGAAAAAGUGAUCUGCUUCCUCUCAGAAGAACAAGAAGUGCUUGUAUCAGUGUACCCUGUUGCUGGUGGCUUCUUUCUUCAUCUCUGCCAUGAUUGUCCUCAGAGUGUCCCGCCAUCAGCAUGUCUUCAGAAGCGUCGUCUCCAGUGAAGUCCACUACUCCUCCUCUGUCUCCAUCCUCCCCGGUGUCCCCCAGCGCUCUGCACCUGCCCACUUGCCGCAACAGAGCCCGCUCGCCCUCACCCAUGAGAAGUCACCUGAUCCCCAGCCCGCUGCCCACACGCCGCAACCGCACCUGCUCUGCUGCAGCUCGGGCCGCUGAAGGUCCGGUCUUUUCUGGCGUUUGCAAGUGCUUUUCACGUUCCAAAGGACACGGCUUCAUCACGCCGUCAGACGGAGGCAAUGACAUCUUCGUGCACAUUUCUGACAUUGAUGGCGAGUAUGUGCCUGUGGAAGGAGAUGAAGUGUGCUACAAGAUCUGCUCCAUUCCACCCAAACACGAGAAGAUCCAGGCCGUGGAGGUGACCAUCACUCAUUUAGCACCCGGCACCAAACAUGAGACCUGGUCAGGAGCCGUGUUUGAAUCCUGAGCUCCAGCCGGACAUCUGCAUCUGAACUCUAUCAUGAAGGAUCUCCCGCUCGCAGAGGCUUCUGGGCCUUUCCUGGAGGUUUGUGGGGACUGGACCAGGUCAAAAUCAAUGCCUUGAUAUAAUGCCACAAAUACACACAUAUUAAAAAACAAAUGACUUGCAUUUUAUUUUUUCUCUCAUUCUUUGAGCUCAGGAGGGGGGUUUGUUUAAAAUCUCUCUCUAAAUGGCUUUCUGUUUAAUUAUGUGGCAUGAGCUGAGCUCAGUUUAUCCCUCACACUAACUAUCUGUGAAUCCUCCAUUCAUUUGAUUAGUCUUAAAGGGACAGUACACCUAAAAUUGUACUUACCCGUUUGAGUUGUUCAUCUGUUGAACACAAAAGAAGAUAUUUUGAAGAAUGUUGGAAACUGAUAACUAUUGAAUGUGAUAUUAGUUUUUUUUUUCUCUUUCCUACUAUGGAUGUCAAUUUCUACCAGUAAUCAAAAUGUCUUCUUUUAUGCUCAACUGAUGAAAGAAACCUGGAAAUGUUUGAUUUUGUGGGUGAACUGUCCCUUUAAGAACAUGAAGCCUUAAUGCAUAUCUAAACUGCUUAACUAGAUAGGUUUCCAUAUUUUUAUUCACAGAAAAAAUAUGUAUGUCUGCAUUGUUGUGAAAAUAUAUCAUUUUGAUCAGUGUUUCUCAACCAUGUUCUCAGAGGACCACCAGCUCUGCACAAUUUCCAUGUCUCCUUAACCAAACACACCUCAUUAGUGGAGACUGAAAGAGCUGUAAUAGGUGUGACAUACAAAGGAGACAUCUACAUGCAGUGCUGGUGGUCCUCCAGGAACGUGGUUGAGAAACACUGAUUUUGAUCAUUUCUUGUGAGCAUGUGAUGAUGAUUUUGCGAAUAAAUAUUAAUCAAACACAAAUAAAUAUUAAUCAAAAUGG